ACGUCACCGGCUCGUCACUGUAAUACCACACCCUCCAGUUCUUUCUUCUUCCGCGUGUUGUCUGAUGAGAGUCAUGAGACUAAUUCAUGAAUGAUCACUGACGAAACGGUGCCGUUUUUGGCUCUUUAGUGUCGUCUCCAUUUUGAUUUGACGGACAGUGAAGGAAAUGGCGAAUUGGAUCUCGUCGAAGCUCAAAGCCGCCGAAACGAUUCUUCAACAGAUUGAUCAGCAGGCAGCAGAGUCUCUUCGAAAAGAUGAGAAGCCUGAGACCACCUAUGACGAGGCGUUUGAGACCUUUUCAAAAUCUGCAACUCUUGUUUCGUUGAAAGAUCAGCUGAGGAAGAAAACAUAUGAAGGUAGUAGUAGUAGUUUGAGAGAAGAUAAACCUAUUACUACACUCACUGACAAUGACUGGACAGAGCUUCUGAGUGCUCCUCCUAAUAAUCAAGGGACCUGCACUUCUAAGCCUCGUACUCCCCGUGGAACAGCGUCUGUGGUUCGAGGAUUGAAGAAGGAUGGGAAAAAGAAUCCUUUGGUAUCUGAUGGAAAGAAGAGUAAUGGUAACGGAGGGAAGCCACAGAAACAGAUGGAUAAGGAAGUGUCUAGCCGCCCUUCUGAUGCUGAUAUGGAAAGUAAGAAUGAUUCUCAGGAUACGCACAAAGAGACUGAGAAGGAUGUUAAUGCUGCUGCACCACCUCCCUUGGAUGACUCCUCGAGAUUGACUAAUGAGACUUUCAUUAGGGAGAAAUUAUCACAUGUAGGAAGAAAAGAUGGUCGUGAGCCUAGAAGACGUGAUGUAUGGGGAGAACAAGUGAAGGGAGAGGUUUCAGGGAGCAAUGUUUCUGAGGGUCUAAAGAGGAAGGAUUCUUCGUUUUCAAGUGGUGAUUCUGAAUCAGAUUAUGAGUCUGACUCGAGCACUGACUCUGAGAGGGAGCGUCAGAGGGAUGAGCGGAGGAGGAGGAGAGAGAUAAUUUUUGCUGAGAAAGUUGCAGCAAAAGCUGUAGAGGUCAUCAAAGAGCGUGAGAAUAUGGUAGCAAGACUUGAGGGUGAGAAACAGAGUUUAGAGAAAAUAGUCGAGGAACGAGCUAAACAACAGGCACAAGAGGCUGCGGAGUUGCAAACAAACAUGAUGGAAACGCUGGACGCUGCUGACCUUGAAAAACAGAAGCAUAACAAUACUAGAAUGGAAGCUUUUUCACGCUUGGCCGGAUUAGAGGCGGCAAACACUGAACUUACUAGAUCGCUUGCUGCUGGGCAGAAGAAGCUUGAGACUCGGAUAGAUCAAGUAACAGUACUCCGAGAACAAGUUGAGCUUAAAGAGUCUGCUCUUGAAGUAUUGAAGCAAAAAGCUUCUAAUAUCCGGGGAAGUGGAAAUCUCUUAAGCAAGUUAGAUGCUUCUAGAGGAGACAUAUUCGAACACCAGAUGCUUGAAGCAGAGAUUUCUUUGCUGACUGAUAAAAUCGGACGGUUGCAAGAUAAGGCAAAUAAACUGGAAGCAGAUAUCAGUACGAUGAAGAAAGAACUCGAAGAACCAACUGAAGUGGAAACUGAACUGAGACGAAGACUUGACCAACUAACUGACCAUCUUAUUCAAAAACAAUCCCAGGUCGAAGCGCUUUCCUCAGAUAAAGCAACUCUAUCGUUUAGAAUCGAGGCUGUAACAAGGCUUAUAGAAGAAAACAAAGGCAUGUCUGCAACCGAAGCCUCGUCCCAAGAUUUUGAAGCAGGAGAAUGGAAACUCUCAGGAUCAAAGUUAAAACCAGCUUUCCAAAGUAAAAUCAGAUCAGGCAAGAAACAUUUGGGAUGGCUAGUGAUGCAACUAAACGCUAUAUUCGUCUCUGGAACCGUCUUCUUGCGUAGAAACCCGACUGCUAAAAUAUGGGUUUUGGUCUAUCUGGUUUGCCUUCAUCUCUGGGUACUAUACAUCUUACUCUCUCAUUCCAGUACUUCUUCUUCAAAUGAACUCAAAUCAGGCGCAGUGAUUUCCUUAGAGAACUUUAGUAAUAGUUCCCUUCAAUAGCUUUUUUCCUUAGCUAAAACCUUUCACAGGAACAACUACACGUUAUAUAUUCGAGACUGAUACUUUACAUCUUACGGGUCUGUAGACGAUAAAAGAAAGCUUGCCUAACUUGUGAUUUGAGUAUAUAUUAUUUUUAGUUUU